AUGGGGGAAUAUAUACCACGCUUUGAACAACGUGAAGGUGAUCAACGUAGUUAUGGCCCACAACGUCUCCCCACUUUGGGAGCUGUGCCGGUCAAAAAUGAGAAAGGACAAGUGGUUAUGCAAAAAGUAAAAGUACAACGAUAUAUCGCUGGUAAAAUGCCCAAUUAUGCAAAAGAAGGAGGUUCAGAAUCUGACGAAGAAGGGCGAGAUGAUAAAAAGAGACGUGAGAGCAGAUCUCAAUCGUUUUUUAAUAUUGUUUGGGCAGCCCAUUUGCUUAGAUUUGACAAAGAGGAGCGGCCCAAGGAUAGACACAGGCGAGAGAAGGAAGAUGAUCAUGAGCAGAGGCAUCGAGAUCGUCAUCGUGAUGAAGGAAGCAGUCGCCCUGUCGAAGAGCCUGAAAUCCUGAAAAAGGAAGACGAAGAAGAAGACGCAGAAGCAGUGGAGCAGCGCCGACAGAGGGCUCGUUUGAGAAGACUCAAUUUGGAACAACAACAGCAGCAAGAGGAAGAAGACGAUGCUGGCAGUGACGAAGAAGAAUUCGAACGUCGUCGAAAAAUACUUCGAGAGCGAGCCAAGCAGAGAGAGCUUGAGGAAAUGAAACUCAAGGAAGAGAUCAAGCAAGAAGAAGAGGAGGUAGAGGAGGAAGAUGAAGAGGAAAGCGAGGAAGAGUCCAGUGAAGAAGAAGAGGAUGACACUUUACCACGAUUAAAACCGGUGUUUGUUCGAAAAAAGGACCGUAUAACCUUGCUAGAAUUGGAGAAAGAAAAACAGCAACAGGAACAGCUUAAACGAGAAGAGGAGAGAAAAAAGGAAGAGAGGAAGAAAGACAGCAUUAGGCUCGUGCAACAAGUCCUUCGUGAAGAGGAUGAAAUGGAAAAACGGAAGAAGGAAGAGAAUAUUGAACUUAAUUCAGUACAAACCGAUGAUGAAAGCGAAAAUGUCGCUUAUGAAAUGUGGAAGUUGAGGGAAAUGAAAAGAUUAAAGAGAAAUAGAGAGGAACGUGAACAAGCAGCAAAGGAAAAAGCUGAGUAUGAACGUAUCCACAAUAUGACUGAGGAAGAGCGGGUCAAGUUUCUGCGUGCAAAUCCUAGAGUUAUCACCAACCAGGCUAUCAAAGGCAAAUACAAGUUCUUACAAAAGUACUACCAUCGUGGUGCUUACUUCUUGGAUCAAGAGGAUGAGGUGUAUAAAAGGAACUUUGCUGAAGCUACCGCAGACGAUGUGUUUGAUAAGACAGUACUACCGAAGGUCAUGCAAGUAAGUCUUUAG